AUGGCAGCGACUUCUGCUGCUGAACUGGAGCCGGUGGUCAGAGUGAGCGCUCGGCUUCGCGCGUUACUUGAACACGCGAGAAGUGUCAAAGCGGAGACCACGGUGGAGCCUCCUCUGCCUACCACCGAAUUGACAACGGGCGUCGAAGCAUUGCACGAUGACUUCGAUGAAACGCACGAGCAGACCACGCGAUUUCUGGCUGUAGAGACCGCAUCCCGCCAGCUGUUCUAUUCUCUUAUCACAUCCUUCCAAAUACAACAACCCGGCUUCGUGGAAGUCUGGAAUCUGCUGGACAUCAUCUUAGUCUGUGGCGACCAUGGGAAAUGUACGCCUGAGCUGGUGGUAUGGCUAGUGGAAGAACUACUCGAUAGUCAGACCACCCACGGCUGCCGCACUGUUUUCGACUUCCUGGACUCACGUAGGGAUCGGCUUGCGCAAAAGGACUUUCACAAGAAGAAUCUGGUGUUCCUCCGAUCUUGCAACGAGCUUCUCAGGCGACUGAGCAGAGCUGAAGAUGCAAUAUUCUGUGGACGGGUGUUCUUUUUCCUCUUUCAAACAUUUCCACUGGGCGACAAGAGCUCGGUCAAUCUUCGAGGAGAAUUCCACACCGAGAACACGACCAGAUUCGACGUCACGGAGCAAUCCACAUAUGGAGAGCGCAUGGAUAUUGACCCAAAAGCCGGUGAAUCCGUCGGCAAAGAAGCUACACCACGAGGAACACCACAGCCUGCUGGGCCUGAGAAUCUGGGCGGUAAAGCUGUCCCCGUCAAAGCGCCAACGAAAAGAACCGCCGAAGAAGAGAUUUUAUCAUCAAAUGAACUGUAUCCAAUCUUCUGGAGACUGCAACAUGACUUUUCUGACCCAACGAGACUCUUCAACGACGGCAAUUUCGUGCUAUUCAAGAAAGGUCUUGCCAGCAGUAUCGCAAAGUUCCAGAAGACAGCCACAGUCGUCCAAACGAGGUCGGGAGAGGACGAUAGGCGUGGAACGAAGCGUAAGAUGGACGAGGAUGGCAUCAACCCUGACGCAAGUGAGCAUCUCGUGGACAACUACAAUCCCAAGUAUCUCACCAGUCGGGAUCUGUUCGAGCUGGAGCUUAGCGACCUUGCCUUUCAACGGCAUAUUCUCGUGCAGGCACUCAUACUCAUCGACUUUCUACUGUCUUUGACAGAGCAGGCGAAGAAGCGACUGGUCGAGCUGCCAACUCCCAACAAGUCAAUGCUCCAUACUUUUACCCUCAGCGAGGAAGACACCAAAUGGUCAAAGUCGACUCGGACUGUCAUCGCAGACUACCUUCGCUCUACUGCCGACGGGGCGCAGUAUCAUCGUAUGGUGGAGACCGUGCUAGCGCGUGACAAGAACUGGGUGCGCUGGAAAAUCGAAAGCUGCCCAUCCAUUGUUCGAGGUCCGGUGACUACUGAACAAGAGCUUGCAGCGAGGAAAGGCGCGAGGAGUGCGGUAAGGCCGCGAGUUGUCCCUGACAAGCCUAAUGGCGCGAUGGACCUGAGCUUUCUUGACGAGGGCACCGGUGGUGGGCUUGAAGUCCUCAAGGAUCCUUCACGUUACACUGCGCCAACGAUCGAGCAGUUGGUGGAAGCAGUCAAGACUGACAAGCUCGACUUGGAUUUUGCUGCCGAUGACGAGGAGAAGACCAGCUUCGAGAACGCGAUGCAGAACGCGAAGUGGCGGGCGCUGAGACAAGCACGAUCUUCGAACCUGAGUUUGCUGGAGAAGGACGAGCCUGGCAAAGCUUUGGAAGAUGUGAUGCGCAUACCUGAUCAUGUCGGCGACGAAGCUGGUGAGCAGGAUGGGGAGGAUGCGGUUACCGCCAUCGCCACGUCCAGUACGGCCGAGACUACGGAGAGCUAUGCAAAGGAGUCGUCGAUGGAGGCUGAAGUUCCACCACAAGUGGCAGGAGACUUACAAUGA